AUGGAUAGCUUCAACACGACUCCUAAAAGAACCAGUAGUUUACAGCAUUCAGUGAUAAAUGCAGGCUCAAAACGCUCAUUGCUGGAUAGAACAAAGAGCGCAACAUUUGGACGUCUUGGCAAAAGACUAUCACAACCUCAAGAGCCAUCAUCAUCUAAUCAUUUCCUUCAUUCCAUAUACGACGAAGAGGAUGAAGAUGGCCUCGGAGAACCCAUCCCUAAAGCACCUCGACUGACAUCCGAACAUUUCAGUAGAUACGAAAUCAUGACCGAACUCAUCAAUUUACGAAAUCCUAGCCAUUGUCCUUUGGGUGUUUAUGUCAUGCCAUCAACAGAAGAUUUACAUGUAUGGUAUGGUGUUUUAUUCGUGCACAAGGGAUUCUAUCGUUCAGGCACAUUCAAAUUUCGAUUGACGUUACCUGAUAAUUACCCAAAUCAACCACCUUCCAUUACGCUUCUGACAGAUCUGUUUCAUCCACUUGUUGAUGUCAAGGGUAAUGUUUGCAUCUCUCAGCAAUUUCCAGUUUGGAGGCCAUAUCAGGAUUACACAUUUCAUGUGCUUCACUAUCUAAAGAACAUGUUCAAGAAGGUGGUACUCGAUGGAUUGAACGAUAAAUACUGUAACAACAAGGAAGCAUAUAGACUAUACCGCCAUGAUAUUGCUAUUUUUGCAAAAUUAGCUCAUCAAAGUGCACAACUCUCAAUCACAGAAUCGUUUUUGUACGAUCAUCCAGAAGAUGACAAUCCAAUUCGUUUCUCGCCUUUGAGUGAUGCUAAAUUUGACGAAUUGAAGGCCCAAAUGCUCAGUAGUGCUGUUAAAUCUACUUCCAUCACACCUAUAGGCGAUGAUACCACAGAUUUGUCUUCAUAA